CCCGUGUCUCGGCCGCCGCCGCCGCCGCUGCCGCCGCCGCCGGAGACUCGCGCAGAGCAGUUAUGGCGGAAACCGCAGCGCCCGCGCCUGCAGCUCCGGCUCCCACCCAGGCCCCGGCCGCGGCCCCAGAGGCGGCCCCGACCCCGGACGCAGCCCCGGCCCCGACCCCGGCGCCCGCCCCGGACUCGGCCUCCGGGCCGCCCUCGGACUCCGGCCCCGAAGCCGGCUCGCAGCGCCUGCUGUUCUCUCACGACCUGGUGUCGGGCCGUUACCGCGGCUCGGUGCACUUCGGGCUGGUGCGCCUCAUCCACGGCGAGGACUCGGACUCGGAGGGCGAGGAGGAGGGCCGCGGGAGCUCGGGCUGCUCCGAGGCGGGGGGCGCGGGCCACGAGGAGGGCCGGGCCAGCCCGCUGCGCCGCGGCUACGUGCGCGUCCAGUGGUACCCGGAGGGCGUCAAGCAGCACGUGAAGGAGACCAAGCUGAAACUAGAGGACCGCUCCGUGGUGCCCCGGGAUGUGGUCCGGCACAUGCGCUCCACUGACAGUCAGUGUGGCACCGUGAUAGACGUCAGCAUUGACUGCGCCGUCAAGCUCAUUGGCACCAACUGCAUCAUUUACCCUGUCAGCAGCAAGGACCUGCAGCACAUCUGGCCCUUCAUGUAUGGGGACUACAUUGCCUAUGACUGCUGGCUGGGGAAGGUCUACGACCUGAAGAACCAGAUCAUCCUGAAGCUUUCCAAUGGCGCCAGGUGCUCCAUGAACACAGAAGAUGGUGCCAAACUCUACGACGUCUGCCCACACGUCAGCGACUCGGGGCUCUUCUUCGACGAUUCCUAUGGCUUCUACCCGGGCCAGGUGCUCAUUGGCCCAGCCAAGAUCUUCUCCAGUGUCCAGUGGCUGUCAGGAGUCAAGCCCGUGCUCAGCACCAAGAGCAAGUUCCGGGUGGUGGUGGAAGAGGUGCAGGUUGUGGAGCUGAAAGUCACAUGGAUUACCAAGAGCUUCUGUCCAGGGGGCACGGACAGCGUCAGCCCCCCGCCCUCUGUCAUCACCCAGGAAAACCUAGGCAGGGUGAAGCGUCUCGGAUGCUUUGACCAUGCGCAGCGGCAGCUGGGGGAGCGCUGUCUGUUUGUCUUCCCAGCCAAGGUAGAGCUGGCCAAGAUUGCCUGUGAAUGUCCGGAAAAACACUGCGCCCAGGGGGAGGGCUCUAUGGCCAAGAAGGUGAAGCGCCUGUUGAAGAAGCAGGUUGUGAGGAUCAUGUCCUGCUCCCCCGACACCCAGUGCUCCAGGGACCAUUCCACAGAGGACCCAGGCAAGAAAGGAGGGGCCAAAGCCAAGAGUGAAACGGGGUCCGCCAGCCCCGAGGAGACGCCUGAUGGGUCCGCCAGCCCAGUGGAGAUGCAGGACGAGGGCUCAGAGGAGGCCCUGGAGGGGGGCGAGCAGCUGCCCCCCUUCCUGCUGAAGGAAGGCGGAGAUGACAGGCUACACUCCGCAGAGCAGGAUGCAGAUGAUGAGGCCGCCGACGACACGGAUGACACCAGCUCAGUCACCUCCUCUGCCAGCUCCACCGCUUCCUCCCAGAGCGGCAGCGGCACGAGUCGGAAAAAGAGCAUCCCUUUGUCUAUUAAGAAUUUAAAGCGGAAACACAAGAGAAAGAAGAAUAAGAUCACCCGUGACUUCAAGCCGGGGGACAGGGUGGCGGUGGAGGUGGUGACCACGAUGACCUCAGCAGAUGUGAUGUGGCAGGACGGCUCGGUGGAGUGCAACAUCCGCUCCAACGACCUCUUCCCGGUGCACCACCUGGACAACAACGAGUUCUGUCCCGGAGACUUCGUGGUGGACAAGCGAGUCCAGAGCUGUCCAGACCCCGCUGUCUAUGGUGUAGUGCAGUCUGGGGACCACGUGGGACGCACCUGCGUGGUGAAGUGGUUCAAGCUGCGGCCAAGUGGGGACGACGUGGAGUUGAUCGGAGAAGAGGAAGACGUGAGCGUUUAUGACAUUGCUGACCACCCUGACUUCCGGUUCCGCACGACCGACAUCGUCAUCCGCAUUGGCAAUACUGAGGAUGGAGCUCCUCACAAGGAGGAUGAGCCAUCAGUUGGCCAGGUGGCCCGUGUAGACGUCAGCAGCAAGGUGGAGGUGGUGUGGGCUGACAACUCAAAGACCAUCAUCCUGCCCCAGCACUUGUACAACAUCGAGUCUGAGAUCGAGGAGUCGGACUACGACUCAGUGGAAGGCAGCACCAGCGGGGCAUCCUCUGAUGAGUGGGAGGAUGACAGUGACAGCUGGGAGACGGACAAUGGGCUGGUGGAGGACGAGCACCCCAAGAUAGAGGAGCCCCCCAUUCCACCCACAGAACUGCCAGCAGCCCCCGAGGAAGACAAAGGCGUAGUGAUCAGCGAAGAGGCGGCCACGGCUGCCAUUCAGGGGGCUGUGGCCAUGGCCGCCCCGGUGGCGGGGCUGAUGGAGAAGGCAGGCAAGGACGGGCCCCCGAAGAGCUUCCGGGAGUUGAAAGAGGCCAUCAAGAUCCUGGAGAGCCUCAAGAACAUGACCGUGGAGCAGCUUCUGACAGGCUCCCCCACCUCCCCCACAGUGGAGCCUGAGAAACCGACUCGGGAGAAGAAGUUUCUGGAUGACAUUAAGAAGCUGCAAGAAAACCUCAAGAAGACCCUGGACAAUGUGGCCAUCGCAGAGGAGGAGAAGAUGGAGGCCAUGCCGGACACAGAGCGCAAGGAGGACAGGCCCGAGGCACAGUCUCCUGCGAAGGCCGAGUGGCCCAGCGAGACCCCGGUGCUGUGCCAGCAGUGCGGCGGCAAGCCCGGGGUCACCUUCACCAGUGCCCGGGGCGAGGUCUUCUCCGUGCUGGAGUUCGCGCCCUCAAAUCACUCUUUUAAGAAAAUUGAGUUCCAGCCUCCAGAAGCCAAGAAGUUCUUCAGCACAGUGCGGAAGGAGAUGGCACUGCUGGCUACCUCACUGCCUGACGGCAUCAUGGUCAAGACUUUUGAGGAUAGAAUGGACCUCUUCUCGGCCCUGAUCAAGGGCCCUACGCGCACCCCCUAUGAGGACGGCCUCUACCUGUUUGACAUCCAGCUUCCCAACAUCUACCCGGCCGUGCCCCCCCACUUCUGCUACCUCUCCCAGUGCAGUGGCCGUCUGAACCCCAACCUGUAUGACAAUGGGAAGGUGUGUGUCAGCCUCCUGGGCACCUGGAUUGGGAAGGGGACAGAGAGGUGGACGAGCAAGUCCAGUCUUCUCCAGGUGCUCAUCUCCAUCCAAGGUCUCAUCCUCGUGAAUGAGCCAUACUACAACGAAGCCGGCUUCGACAGCGACCGGGGCCUGCAGGAGGGCUACGAGAACAGUCGCUGCUACAACGAGAUGGCGCUGAUCCGCGUGGUGCAGUCCAUGACCCAGCUGGUGCGGCGGCCCCCCGAGGUCUUCGAACAGGAGAUCCGACAGCACUUCAGCACCGGCGGCUGGCGGCUGGUGAACCGCAUUGAGUCCUGGCUGGAAACCCAUGCCCUGCUGGAGAAGGCCCAGGCACUGCCCAACGGGGUCUUCAAGGACAGCAGCUCUGCAGGGCCACCUACUGUGGCCGAGCUCUCAGACAGCGGCCGGGAGGAACCUGAGGAUGGCGGGCUGGCCCCUGGAGAGGCCUCCCAGGGCUCAGACUCAGAGGGCGGUGCCCAGGGCCCAGCCACAGAUGGCAGGGACCACACAGACCAGACUUCGGAGGCAGCGCCCGACGCCUCGGUGCCACCCAGUGUCAAACCAAAGAAGCGGAGAAAGAGCUACCGGAGCUUCUUGCCUGAGAAGAGUGGCUACCCUGACAUCGGCUUCCCCCUCUUCCCGCUUUCUAAGGGGUUCAUCAAGAGCAUCCAGGGGGUCCUGGCCCAGCUGCGGGCCGCUCUGAUCGAGGCAGGCAUGCCUGAGAGCUCACGCAGCAAGUAGCUGCCGGCCUCCAGGAAGGAGGAUCGUGGUGGGAGAGGCCAGCUGCUGCCCGCUCACUCCCUGUCCUGGACCUCCGCGCUCCCCAUUUUCUCCUCUGUCCCCAGUGCAAGUCCCCCACUGCCUUCUUCUUCCCAAGGUGAGUUCGAUGCUGACGUGCAAGAAGUUUCUUGAGAUGCUGCCAUUUCUAUUCUGAAGCAAUCUUUCAACAGGCAAGCCCCCUGUGCAAAGCAAAUCUGAACCCUGUUGCUGACUUUCCACUUGUCACUCUAGGCGGAAUGUCCCGGCACUUGUCCCCUUGCGGUCUCCAUCUCAGGUUGAAGGUGGAGUUUUCCAAGGGUCUGGCUCCGGGGCCCUGGGGCCCCAGAGCUGUGCCGAGCAGCAGCAGGACGAGUGGCCAUACCUUGCAUGAAGUGUGGGUUGCUCCAGUAAUUUCCCUGGUCCCUUUCAUCCUCUUCAGUGCCAUUGUAGCUUCCCCAUGUCCCAGGCCACUACUCCAGGUCCUCCCUCGUCCCCCAGCAUCAACACUCUCCCCUGGGAGUUGUCGCCACUGUCCUCAACUCCGUGCUCUGUUCUGGCCCAUUUACAGGAUAGCCCUCAGGCCUGUUGAACUUGCUCUCUUAAGAGACCAGGCUGGCUUCAGGGUGACACCUAGAAGAGGUGGUGGCCUUCACGCUAACAUGUGAGGACCAGGGAGCUGUGGGGAAAGAAACAGCUGUAGGUGCCUUGCUCUUCCUGUCCCAUGGGGCGUGGGCGGGCGGUUCUGACUUCAAGGCCUCGUCUGCUUGAACUGAAGCCCGUGUUGCUCCCCGCGCAGUCCGGUCCCAGGACCCGGGAGGAAGGAGCAGCGGCACAGCCAGGGCCUGGGCACGUGUGCUGGGCCUUUCCCAUGGACUCUGCCCCUCCCACUACCACGCUCACUGGGAGGGGGCCUGUAGCUCGAGACACGAGCCCACCGCUCCUGAGCCAGCCUGCCCCGUGAGAACGAGGCCUCCUCAGCCCUGGCCCACAGACCCGCGGGCUGUCUGGGGGGAGGUGGCCAGCAUGCGGCGUGGGGUCUCUUCCCUCACAGACAGGCCCAGAGGUUUACAAGUUUUCUAAGCUUUUGAUAAUGUGAAGCUCCAGGUUAAGAGGAUGCUGUUGAGCACAUUGCAGGUAUGUAAUUUCUGGUGUAUGUAUGUAAUAUUUAAGGUUGAAAGAAAAUAAAUUUCAAAGGCAAAGAUAUUAACUCUUAUUAGAAAAAAAUAAACAAACAAAAAAAAGAAGCCAAAGCAUGAUGCGUCUUGUCCGCCUUAAGCUGGCUCCCCACCUGAGCUGUGCCAUCACCACCCAGUGGGCAGCAGCUGAGGGGAGGGACGAGCCCGACCGUGGCCGUGGCACCGGAGCCCCGGCGGUAUCUUGUGCCGGACGUCCAGAGUGGCUGCUGGGCUGUGCUUCCCAGUGCGUUGUCCAUGUGGAGAUGUGAAUGCCUACUGCUUACGAUAUCUGUAUAAAGUGCUCUGUGAUUAAACCUUUUUUUUUUUUUACUUGCAUUUUUUUUUUUGUUUGUUUGGCUUAUUACAAUGUACAAAAAAAAGACAAGGUGGCACCAU